GCAGCAGCAGUGUCAUGAUGCUCGCGCUCGUGGCGUUCGCGGCGGGUUUAGGGCUCGUCGCGCUGAUUUUAAGGCUGCUUUCUCCUCAGAUCAGGAAAUACGCCGCAGGAGGAUCAUGUCGAUCCACAGUGCGGUUAGAUGGAAAAGUUGCAUUGGUCACAGGAGCAAACUCAGGAAUUGGAAAAGAAACAGCUCUGGAUUUGGCUUCUCGAGGAGCUCGAGUGAUUCUAGCGUGUCGGGAUUUGGAGAAAGCAGAGGAGGCGGCGGCGGAGAUCCGCACAAGAGUGGGAGGAGCAAAAGUGGAGGUGCGAGAGCUAGACCUGGCGGACUGCUGCUCCAUCAGAGCCUUCGCACAGAGAUUCCUCAGAGAGGUGGAUCACCUGCACAUCCUCAUCAACAAUGCUGGUGUCAUGAUGUGUCCUUAUAUGAAAACUGCUGAUGGAUUUGAGAUGCAGAUCGGGGUCAAUCAUCUUGGUCACUACCUGCUGACGUAUCUCCUCAUUGGUCUGCUGAAGCGUAGCGCUCCUUCACGAAUCGUGGUCGUUUCCUCCCUGGCACAUAACUUCGGGUGGAUUCGAUUCCACGACCUGCACAGUCAGGGCAGCUACAACAGCGGACUUGCCUACUGCCAGAGCAAACUCGCUAACGUGCUUUUCACUCGUGAGCUGGCGCGCAGACUCCAGGGGUCGAAUGUGACUGUGAACUCUGUGCAUCCUGGAACGGUGAGGUCAGAGCUGGUGCGUCAUUCUACGCUGAUGUCCCUGCUGUUCGCUUUCUUCUCGAUGUUCCUGAAAUCCCCGAAAGAAGGCGCUCAGACCUCCAUCUACUGCGCCGUCGCUGAGGAGCUCCAGUCAAUCUCAGGCAAACAUUUCAGUGACUGCGCUCCUGCUUUUGUGGCCCCUCAGGGACGGAGCGAGGAAACGGCGCGCAAACUGUGGGAUGUAAGCUGUGAAUUAUUAGGCAUCGAGUGGGACUGAAACGUUCAUUUGACCUGCUUUAUUUCUCCAUGCUUAAUUCUCAAACAUUUUCAGCGAUCAUUUUUCAUGUCUUUCGUUAGAUAUUUGUUUGGUUUUCGUUAGGUAUUUGUUUUUGUAUUGGCUUUCAGUUGCACAACCUACAAUUUUCUUCUAUAAUGCCUUUGUGACAAGCACGUUUUGAGUUGGUUUUACUCUGGAACUCUCUGUAAGGCAUUUUAAAACGUGUUUUAUUGUGUUGGUAUUUUGAACGCUGCUUUAAUUCUCAUCUCAGUAUUCUCACAUGAAGCUGCAUAUUGAAAUCUUUUAUACAGAUGUGCUUUUGACUACUGUGGUACAUUCAUAAUCAGAGACGAAUAUUUAAAUAUAUACAGUGACAAAA